AAAUAAGCUAACCCAAACACCCCCUUUAUUUUUGAUAUUCAAACCAAACGACCUUAAACUUAACGUCAUAACUGAAUUCCACCAACCACCGCGUUCCGACGGGCUACGGCGGCGACCACCGUCCUCGACGGCAGUCUGACGGUCCGGCCACCCUAUCUCAUCAUCUCUGACCAUUCAAUUUGGAGAAUCUGGCUAAAUAAGUGAGUGGUUUUGUCGAAUUUGCUACUUUUAUUGGCUCUGCUGAAAUGGUUAUUAUUUGCUACUUUGCAUUAAACGGUUUCGAUCACAAUUGAUACCCCGAAAUAGAAAUGUCUGAUCACAUACCUUUCGAGAUUCAAAUGGAAAUCAUCAAAAGGCUUCCUAUAAGAUCAUUGAUUCGGGCCAGAUCUGUUUCAAAAGCAUGGAAAUGUGUUAUCGAGUCUUCUGAUUUCAUUGCUGAGUACACCGUCCAUAACCAUGAUCAACCGCAACAUUUGCUUAUAAAGUACUACAAUGUGUACGGUGAGGAAACAUAUGAUUCGAUUGUAGAGGAUGAUACGUUCCCUCAAAACAAGGUUUCUCUUGCUGUUCCUUUGUCGGUUGACCUACUUUGGAAUUCAUAUGUCGUCGGUGCCUCUUGUGGAUUGGUUUGCUUGUUCGGUUUUUAUCGGUAUGACGAUGAUGCUGAAUAUCCUCCUGGAGAGGCGACGGCUGUUCUUUGGAAUCCUUCGAUUAGAAAAUCAGUUGCUAUCCCUGUACCUGAUGUGGAUGGAUAUGAUGAACCGAUUUUUGGUUUUGGGGUUUGCCCUGCAACUAGUGACCCUAAGAUUGUAAAGAUUACCGAAAGGAAGAUGAAAGAUGUAGCUUGUAGCAGCCGUUGGCAGGUUAAGGUUUUUAGUUUAAGCUCUGGGGUUUGGAGAAACUCAUUUGGUAAUCUGUCUGAUAGCCUAGCUGAUUUCAUGGGGCCUCGCUCUCAGGUAACCAUACGUGGUUUUUAUUACUGGUUUGGUGUUGGAGACGCCAUUGGUAGUGAUACUGGAUUUUGUUUUCUUAUUUCAUUUGAUUUGACAAGUGAAGAAUUUAGAGAGAUAUACCUCCCUAAUGAGUUAGCAUUCCAUGAUUCAACGGGGUUGCAUGUAUUCAACCUUUGUGAUUCUCUUGCCGUGCUUCAGGAGUGGUUAAUGGACGAUAUAAUUGAAGUGUGGAUGAUGGAAAAUGGCGAUUCAAAAUCGUUUACAAAGGUUUUCACCAUUGACAAACCAUCAUAUUGUUUAAGUCGGCCAUUGGAAUUUAGGUGGAACGGUGAACUUAUGAUGAGAAUGGAAAAUAACACUGGAGAUUUUGAAGGGCUUAUAGCUUAUGACCCCUUCUCAGAACACAUCAAUGAUCUUGGGAUUGAAAGCCAAUGUCAUACAUUAGCCGUGACCUCGUACACAGAAUCUUUAAUUCUGAUUAAUCAGUUAGAUACGGUAGUUGAUGACGAGGAUGAUGAAGAGGUUAGUGUUGAGCAAGGAAGAAAGAUAUAGAGAUCAAAGAGCAAUUACUUCAUGAUAUUUAAAACAGAUCCCAUUUCGUUAUUUAAAGAUUCUAUGUUAAGGAAGUCCUUGCCCCGGAAUACUUGCAUAUGCUUGGAACCGUAAAUGGAAACUUAAAACUCAAAAACAUUUCAGUUGGAGAAGAUGGUCCGUCACAGAUUUUGACCUUUCACUUUGGUACUCAGUGAACACAAUUGUGAGAGUUACAUAAACAUUUAUGCAUUUGUUGUUCUAAAUGUAAGCGUAUAACCGCUUUUUCUUUCUCCCUUUUAUUACAUACUCAAAUCUUGUGAACUGGCAAACAAAGUAUGAGGCUCUACUAGAUGUGGUGCAGUUGUAUACAGCCUUCCUUCAUAGUUCAUAGUGGGCUAAGCUGAAUUGGGUUAGACCUAAUGUGGGGUAUACAGUUUCAUCUUUUGAUGUCUAAAAUCUCUUAAACAUCAAAAACUAUUGUUGGUUUG